GCGCCGGGGGGGCGGGGGAGGCGCCGGAGCGGGCGGUGACGGCGGCGGCGCGGAGGAGCCAGCGGCUAGGCCCGGGCCCCGUGCGUCUGUCCGCGCCCCGUGGAUGCGAAUCGGCUGCGGCGGAGGAGGCGGCGGCGGAGGAGGAGUCGGUGGGCCGGCGCCGGGCGGGUGGGAGCGCGGAGGAUGAGGCCGCUGCCGGGCGCUCCCGGCGUGGCGGCGGCCGCCGCGCUGUUGCUGCUGCUGCUGCUGCCGCCCCGGGCCCGGGCGGACGAGCACGAGCACACGUAUCAAGAUAAAGAGGAAGUUGUCUUAUGGAUGAAUACUGUUGGGCCCUACCAUAAUCGCCAAGAGACAUAUAAGUACUUUUCACUUCCAUUCUGUGUGGGGUCAAAAAAAAGUAUCAGUCAUUACCAUGAAACGCUGGGAGAAGCGCUUCAAGGAGUUGAAUUGGAAUUUAGUGGUCUGGAUAUUAAAUUCAAAGAUGAUGUGAUGCCAGCCACUUACUGUGAAAUCGACUUAGAUAAAGAAAAGAGAGAUGCAUUUGUGUAUGCGAUCAAAAAUCACUACUGGUACCAGAUGUACAUAGAUGACUUACCAAUAUGGGGUAUUGUUGGUGAAGCAGACGAAAAUGGAGAAGAUUACUAUCUUUGGACCUAUAAAAAACUUGAAAUAGGUUUUAAUGGAAAUCGAAUUGUUGAUGUUAACCUAACUAGUGAAGGAAAAGUGAAACUGGUUCCUAAUACUAAAAUCCAGAUGUCAUAUUCAGUAAAAUGGAAAAAGUCAGAUGUAAAAUUUGAAGAUCGAUUUGACAAAUAUCUUGAUCCAUCCUUUUUUCAACACAGGAUUCACUGGUUUUCAAUUUUCAACUCCUUUAUGAUGGUUAUCUUCUUGGUGGGCUUAGUGUCAAUGAUUUUAAUGAGAACUUUAAGAAAAGAUUAUGCCCGGUACAGUAAAGAAGAAGAAAUGGACGACAUGGAUAGAGACCUAGGAGAUGAGUAUGGAUGGAAGCAGGUGCAUGGAGAUGUAUUUAGACCAUCAAGUCACCCGCUGAUAUUUUCCUCUCUCAUUGGUUCUGGAUGUCAGAUAUUUGCUGUGUCUCUCAUUGUUAUUAUUGUUGCAAUGAUAGAAGAUUUGUAUACAGAGAGGGGGUCAAUGCUCAGUACAGCCAUAUUUGUCUAUGCUGCUACAUCUCCAGUGAAUGGUUAUUUUGGAGGAAGUCUGUAUGCUAGACAAGGAGGAAGGAGAUGGAUAAAGCAGAUGUUCAUUGGCGCAUUCCUCAUCCCAGCUAUGGUGUGUGGCACUGCCUUCUUCAUCAAUUUUAUAGCCAUUUAUUACCAUGCUUCGAGAGCCAUUCCUUUUGGAACAAUGGUGGCCGUUUGUUGCAUCUGUUUUUUUGUUAUCCUUCCUCUAAAUCUCGUUGGUACAAUACUUGGCCGAAAUCUGUCAGGUCAACCCAACUUUCCAUGUCGUGUCAAUGCUGUGCCUCGUCCCAUACCGGAGAAAAAAUGGUUCAUGGAGCCUGCAGUUAUUGUUUGCCUGGGAGGAAUUUUACCUUUUGGCUCAAUCUUUAUUGAAAUGUAUUUCAUCUUCACAUCUUUCUGGGCGUAUAAGAUCUAUUAUGUCUAUGGCUUCAUGAUGCUGGUGCUGGUCAUCCUGUGCAUUGUGACCGUCUGUGUGACCAUCGUGUGCACAUACUUUCUACUAAAUGCAGAGGAUUAUAGGUGGCAAUGGACAAGUUUUCUCUCUGCUGCAUCAACUGCAAUUUAUGUUUACAUGUAUUCCUUUUACUACUAUUUUUUCAAAACAAAGAUGUAUGGCUUAUUUCAAACAUCAUUUUACUUUGGAUAUAUGGCGGUAUUUAGCACAGCCUUGGGGAUAAUGUGUGGAGCAAUUGGUUACAUGGGAACAAGUGCCUUCGUCCGAAAAAUCUAUACUAAUGUGAAAAUUGACUAAAGACCCAAGAAAACCUGGAACUUCGGAUCAAUUUCUCUUUCACAGGGGUGGAACUUGCACAGCAAAAAAAAAACGCAAGAAGAGAUUAGGGCUUUAACACUGGGUACUUUGUGGGUCUCUCUUUCGUGGAUGGCUUAAAGUAACAUCUAUUUCCAUUGAUCCUAGGUUCUUACUGACUGCUUUCUCCAACUGUUCACAGCAAAUGCUUGGAUUUUAUGCAGUAGGCAUUACUACAGUACAUGGCUAAUCUUCCCAAAAACUAGCUCAUUAAAGAUGAAAUAGACCAGCUCUCUUCAGUGAAGAGGACAAAUAGUUUAUUUAAAGCAUUUGUUCCAGUAAAAUAAAUAGAGGGAAACUUGGAUGCUAAAAUUACAUGAAUAGAAAUCUUCCUGGCACUAGUGUUUCUACGAUAUUGAAAAAUAAUGUUCCAGAAAGAUUAAUUUUUUUCUCUUAUUUUUACUGCCAUCGUCAGCCUAUUGUGGGACAUUUUUAUAUAUUGAACCUGGGUUCUUUUUUGACCUGCCUUUUUUUUUUUUCCAAUACAACUGCAUCCUUUUUUUUUUUUAAAGAGAAAAUUUAAAAAUAUUAAAUCCUGCGUGUAAUAUAUCUGCUGUCAUCUUAGUUGGACCAACUUCCCAUUUAUUUAUCUUAAAACUAUCCAGUUACAUCUUAAUUCCAUCCAAAGAAGAUACAGUCUGAAGAUAGAGGUGUACUCUCUACAAUGCAAUUUACUGUACAGUUAGAAAGCAAAGUGUUAAAUGGAGAAGAUAUUUGUUUUUAUUAAACAUUUUGAGAUUUAGAUAAACUACAUUUUAACUGAAUGUCUAAGUGAUUAUCUGCCCCCUCCCCCCAAGUUAGUCUUACAUUUUUUUGGGUUUGAAUGAAGGUUUUACAUAAGAAAUUAUUAAAAACAAGGGGGGUGGGUAAUAAAUGUAUAUAACAUUAAAUAAUGUAACGUAGGUGUAGAUUCCCAAAUGCAUUUGGAUGUACAGAUUGACUACAGAGUACUUUUUUCUGAUGAUGAUUGGUGUAGAAAUGUGUGAAUUUGGGUGGCUUUUUACAUCUUGCCUACCAUGCAUGAAACAUUGGGGUUUCCUCAAAAUGUGUGUGUCAUACUUCUUUUGGGAGGGGGGAUUGUUUUGUUUUUUUUCUCCUGAGACUCCUACAGGAGCUAAAUUUGUAAUUUAGAAACAUUUAAUUUUGUUAAUUCUGUCUGGGGCACUUAAGUAACAUCUAAAGCAUUACUGCUUUAGAAUGUUAAAAUAAAAUUUCCUGACCAAA